AUGGCUUCCACUGUUCUUGCAAUCUUUGCUCUUUUCAUCGUCUCACUGUUUUCUCAGUCUGCUGCGAUUCGAUCGCCCAAGGAGGGCUCAAUCUGUCCCACUGCAGUGUUUACAUUCGCAGAUUCUCUCAGCGAUGGUGGCAACCGCGACAUCGAGGCUGGCGGGAAGACUCUCUCGGGCAUGUAUCCCUAUGGCGUCACCUACGGAAGGCCCACCGGACGCUACAGCGAUGGGCUCGUCAUCCCCGACUUUCUGAUCCAGAAGCUCCACCUCGAGAACUUGGGCAUUCCGAGCCUCGAAUUCAAUGGCACCGAGUUUGUCAGCCUCAACUUUGGAUACGCCGGAGCCACCGUGAUCAAGGUCGAGAACCAGCCAUUCUCCAGCCCGCACAUCUUCUCUGCCCAGGUUGACGAUUUCGUGCGUCACCGCUCCAAGGUCGUGGGUGAAUACGGCCGCGAGGAUAGCUCUCCAUGGUACGAGAAUGCGCUCUACAUGGUCGAGAUUGGAGGUGACGAUAUCAACUUCGGGCUGCCGCUGGGAGGUGGCUACGUGAUCAAUGUCACCAUUCCGGCCGUGAUCCGGGGCCUGGCCGAUGGAAUCCACAACUUGUACUCACACGGAGCUCGCCAUGUCUUGCUCUACAACAUGCCCCGCGCCGAUUGCUCGCCAAACUAUCUUCAGUCCUUCCAGCAGUUCCCCGAGGGGAUGUACCACUACGAUAAGGAUGGUUGUAUCGUCGAGAUUGCCCAGCUUAUCUCCUACUUCAACUCACAACUCCAGGCUUUGGCGGCCGAGCUCACCCAAGAGUAUCCCGGUCUCACUGUUUACUACUUUGAUUGGUUUGCUGCCAACACCUACGUUUUGGAGAACAUGGAAGAGUUUGGCUUCACGAACUCGCUCCAGUCGUGCUGCGGCGGCGGUGGCAAGUUUAACUGUGAUGGAGAUGGUCUUUGCGGCUGUGCGCCAUUGAACCACACAGAUGCAGUCUACACGGUGUGCGAGCAUCCCAGCGAGUACUUCACCUUCGAUGGCAUUCACUACACAGAACACUUUUACAACAUUAUGUCCGACUUUAUCUUGGCCGGAAACUACAUCACGCCCAAGGUGAGCUUGGAGAAGGGAUGCAAAGUCAUUGUUUAA